UCGCCCUCUUUCCGGCAGGCGGUGAAGAGGCUGAGCGAGCUCACCGGCUGUCGCCGGGGGGCGGACGUGGGCUCCGGCCAGGGCCACCUCUCUCGCUUCCUGGCCUUCGGGCUGGGGUUGUCUGUCACGGCUGUCGAGGGAGACCCCCGGCUCGUCGCCCAGGCCGUCAGGUUUGACCGAGAGUUGGUUCGGGGGCUGCAGAAAGAGCAGGCCAGGCGGCAGGCUCCAGACAGCCUCUCUGUCCAGGGGCCGAGCCACGUGGUGGGCUGGGUCAGUCCCGACUCUCCAUGGCCAGAGUUUCUGGAGCUGCUGCGCUUUGGGAAGGCCGAAGGGGGGGACGCUGCAGGAGGUGGGAGCGCACGGGGAGAAGCACCAGGCCGCCAACCCACUGUGCUGUGCGAGCUCAGAGAAACUGAGGCCAGAAAGGGAGGUGCAGAUCCUGGGGAAGGUGUCCCAGAUUCCCUGGAAUGGAGCCCGCCAGCCCGCCUGCAACCGCAGCACCCCCAGAAGCCGCUUUUGCUCACCGGCCUGCAUGCCUGCGGGGACCUCAGCGCGACCCUCCUCCGGCUCUUUGUGGCCUGUCCCCACGUUGUCGGCAUCACUUCGGCGGCCUGCUGCUACAUGAAGCUGAGCACUGGGGAGGUGGCCCAGCCCGGCUACCCCCUGAGCGCCUGGGUGUCUGGGUUGCCGGGCCACCAGCUCUCCUACAAGGCCCGGGAAGGGGCCUGCCACGCCAUCGAGGACUACGUUCUGCGGCUCGAACGCAACAGUCCUUCUCUGAAGACACACUGCUUCCGGGCGAGGCUGGAGACGGUGAUCCGGGCCAUCGACCCAGCCAAGAAACGCAUCGGGGUGCAGGCCAUCCCCAAGGCCCACGAGAUGACCUUUGAGCAAUAUGCUCGCCGGGGACUGGAACGUGUCUGCUUGAGCCCGAGUGGGCCUCUAGAGCCAGCAUCUCUGGCCCAACAGCAGAAGGUGGUGGUCUUCUUCAGCCUUGCUCUCCUGCUGGCCCCUUUGGUGGAGACCCUUAUUCUCCUUGAUCGGAUGAUCUACCUGCAGGAGCAAGGUUUCCCGUGUGAGCUGAUCCCUCUCUUCAACCCAACUUUCUCCGCCAGGAAUCUUGUGCUGGUGGCUGCCAAGAAGGAGCUGCCCUCCGACCUCUGGGGCCUAACUGCAGAAGACUAAGUGGGGGAGGUUCCUGCCCUAGAUGGGCUUUCUCAGUGUCUGGUGCAGAAAAAGCAAAAGGGUCUCACAGCCAGAGAGACGAGGACUGGCCGCCUGCAGAGUGUCUCAUUGCACCCCAGCCGUGCAAGCGCGUGGUCAACCCUUUGGAGAUGGACG